AUGCUGGCCGUGUGCGGGCCUGCGGUUGGGCGAGCAGAGGCUGGAGAGUGUGUGACGUUGACCCUGCUGUGUUCGUGUGACAGUGUCCACUGGGGGCCUCACUGCAGUAACAGAUGUCAGUGUCAGAACGCGGCUCUGUGUAACCCUAUCACCGGAGCCUGCAUCUGCCUCCCGGGGUUCAGAGGGUGGCGCUGCGAGGCCCCUUGUGAGACGGGCUCCUACGGGAACGGGUGCCAACAGAAAUGCCAGUGCCAGAACGGAGCCGCCUGUCACCACGUCACCGGGGAGUGCAAGUGCUCACCGGGAUACACCGGAGCUUUCUGUGAAGACCUGUGUCCUCCAGGUAAACACGGGCAGCAGUGUGAGGAGAGGUGUCCGUGUCAGAAUGGAGGAGUGUGUCAUCAUGUGACCGGAGAGUGCUCCUGUCCUGCAGGGUGGAUGGGAACAGUGUGUGGACAGCCAUGUCCAGAGGGGAGAUUUGGACAGAACUGUUCCCAGGAAUGUCAGUGUCACAACAACGGCUUCUGUGUGUUGUCCACGGGACAGUGUGUGUGCAGCGCGGGAUACACAGGAGAGAGGUAAGAGA